GGCUGUCUUUCCUAUCAUGAAGGAGGGUGAUUACGCUCUCUCUGCGGAGCUUCCGGGUAGACUGACAACAUGGAAGGUAAAUGUUGGUACAAUAGGAAGCUGGCUUCAAAGAAAGAACUCCUUGAAACAAAUUCAAUCAAGUGACGAAAAGGCCGUCGCUCCUGUUCAUUCUUCUUUUGCAAACGAGGAUAACAAUGAAUUCGAAAAUCAAUGCGGCGGAAUUUUUCAUUCAUUUUCAGGACUUCCUGCUGAUUUACGUCUAAAAAUAUGGCACAUGAGUUGGGAUAGUCGCAAUGUUGGAAUCGUCACGAGAGUUGAAUACGAUUCAAGCGGGCGUGGGACCGUCACUGAUGAGAAAAGACUCACGUCACCACCCCCGACAAUAUCAGUCAAUCGAGAAAGUCGAGCAGAAACGCUACGAUACUAUAAGCCAUUGGUCCUCGCGCCGUUAGCAUAUCGACAUCAAGUUUCAAAAUUCUACUUCAAUAAUGAGCUUGAUACCCUUGCUAUUUAUGUGGUCGGUGUCCAUAGGGAUGAUUAUUCUACGCUUCGCCCAACCUAUGCAGGAAUUGUAUACCAUUUCAUGCAGACGGAAGCUGCAUUACGAAAUAUCAAGUCUUUGAUUGUGCUUCCAUAUUACAUGUAUGGCUACUAUCAAGUUAUGUCAUAUGGAGACCAUGGAAUCCAAACCCAUCAUCCAUCUGCUCACUCUCACCUCUAUGACUUGAUUCUUUUAGCCGAUUCAUUUCUUGGGAAAAUCGAUUACGAGUCACCGAGUCGUCAGGAAAAAAAGACUCCUUUUGGUUACACACCACUCAUACCGGGCCACUUAAAACCCACUGGACAACAAUUUGUUACACUAGAUCUGCUCAUCGACCCUAAUACUUUACUUGGUGCCGAAAGUAGUUCUUGUGGAAUAUUCCGGUUAGGGCCAUCUCAAGACGGACUCAAUUGGAAAUCAUGGUUCAUCAAGAAGUUUGGAUUAAAGCUCUGGUAGUCAAUAUGAUCAAUAAAGGUAUUAUUGUAGAAAUAUGACCAUUUUCUUGCGUCAGUAUUGACCCAAUCAUAUUUAUUGUUGAAUGGAUUCACUGUCUUCAUAAACACUAGCUCAGCAUUAGACACCAAGAGAUAUAUCUUCUCCUGAUUCCAUGGUCUUAAUAUGAUAGUCAUUACAAUGCAAGCUUCCGUAUAUCUACAAAAUUUACAGUACAUCAUCGUUAUUUUUUCAAUCGCUCCUCUUGACGUCCCACAUUUAUCAGUCUUGACACUCCUAGAUGUUCAUUCAUGGUUAUUGCUCCGAGUAAUCUUAUUAUUCUCACAUACGAAAAGUUCCCACGAAACUGAAAGACUGUGUGUACUCGAAUGUUUAUCUCUGCUUUUUUGUUGAAAUUUUAUAAUAGGACCCGAGAGCAGUUCUCCAACUUAUGCUUCACUCUUUUCAUAACCUUGCCCAUCGAAUCUCGAUGAGUAUCUGGAGAAUAUCCUUCCAACCGAGAAUCAAGCCAUUCAACCGGAUUGCAUAGAUCGCACUAUCCAUAAAGCGAAGCCUUCUCCGCAAAUUGCAUCUCGGUAUAUAUUCCUACAUUUUUACGUCCUAUUCUAUCACACUCUUCAUGGACCGCGAAAGCGGAUGCAAAAUAGUGCGCGCUAUUAGGCUCAUGAAGACCACUGAAUUCUUGACUUCUUCCUCAACAAUUCGGAUCUGUCGAAUUUUUUUUUUUUUCGAUUUUUUUGAAGCACCCGAGGAGCGAAUCUGUGUCUAGUUUUGGGAGUCAGAUUUCCAAUUCUCAGGAAAAGCUGUAUUGGUCUCAUGCGAAGCUUUCGAUCUUUGAUCCUUCCUGGAGGUUGUGUCUUGUGUCGGGUUAUUGGCAGCUUGCUUUCGGGUUCCGCCCCAAAUUUUUUUUUUACAGCCAAUUAUGAAUUAGUCUUAUUAUUCUUGUUGUAAGAAUAUUUGAUAAUUAUUAGGAGGAUAGUUAUCUUAUGUCGAUAUUCUUCAUGGAACAGAUCAAAAAUAUCUGAGCGCAGCGCAGCGGGUCCAGAUGUGGGGGAGAAUAUUUUUCUUCAAAUUCGCCCUUGACCACAGUUGAUAAAAUCGAUUUUUGGGCGUGUAUUGAAUACCUCCAUCAUAUCUGCUUGAGUGCUCAUGACUCUGUGCCAAAAGAUAUCUCGGGGUGGCAGAUAUGUCUACACAAAAUGCAAAAAUUAAUGCAACUGCCGUAAAUCGAACACGAACCUCCACCUUGGAAGGGUGGAAUCCUAACCAUUGGACCACAGAAGCCGGAUCUUAUUGAUGUAUUGCAACAGGAAUUUUGAGUAUAUAUUAUCA